AUGGCAACCGAAGGGGACGUGAACGCCGCUAGCACCACCAACAUCCGUCCGGAUGGAGGAAAGAAGUCCCGAAAGGGAAAGAAGCACCAAAAGAGUCUUGAGGAAAUGCUGCUGGAUCCUACACCAAGCGAGGCGCUAACAUCUCAUCCACCCUCGACCACCGAGGCCAGCGACGAUGAACACGGCGAAGGGGCCAUCGGCGUCACCGCAGGAGAAGAGUGGGUCUCAAGGGUUGAAGUGGCCAGGCAGGUUGUGGAGAUAUUAGGCCGGCGCAUGAUUGUAGCCGAUAGCAAAUUCAAGUUUCUUGAAGACUUCACCCUUGAGGAGACCGAAAACAUCCGCAAGGAGUUGGAGGGACGUCAGCGGGCCGAGUUCGAGAUGAAGGAGGCCAUCACUUCCUUGGAGUGCCGACUCAUGGAGGCAUUGAACACCAUUGAAACCAUGAAGGCCGAAAUGAGGACAAUCAAGGAAGGCAUGGAGGUUGGAGGAUCGGCAUCACCCGACCGUGAUAGGGAGGCCAGAGUCGAGGCUCCCAAGCCACCUAUGUUUAAAGGCAUCCGCGAUGCUCAAGAGGUGGAGAAUUUCUUGUGGCACUUGGAGAAUUACUUCAAGUGUAGUCGGGUGAAGAGUGACGAGACCAAGAUCAAUACUGCCGUGUUGUACCUUUCAGAGAUGGCCAUGUUAUGGUGGAGGCGCAAAGAAGCCGAGAUAGGGAAGGGGACGUGCACCAUCAACACGUGGGAGCAAUUCCGCGAAGAAUUCAAAAAAGCCUUCUUCCCUAAUAACGUCAUAUACGAGGUUAAGCGCAAGUUCAGGGAGCUGAAGCAAACAGGAAGCAUUCGGGCGUACGUGAAAGAGUUCACAACUCUAACACUUCAGAUUCCCAACCUCACGGACGAAGACAUGUUGUUCCACUUCAUGGACGGGUUGCAGAAUUGGGCCAAGACGGAGUUGGAGCAGCGACAGGUCAAGACCAUAGACGAAGCCAUCACACAGGCCGAGUCUUUGACAGAUUUCAAGCAUGAUCGGCAUGACAAAGCAAAGGGCAAGGAUGCAAGGAGCAGUCAUGCCAAAGGUGGGGGAGACCGUGGCCGAGGCAAGGAGCAGCAGGCACACCCCAAGCAGCACGACCCCUACAAGACGGACAGUAGACGGUUCGUGCGCCAGAACUACACGAAAAAGAAGGCGCAGACCACCAAGGGAGAUGGUUGCUACAUAUGCGGAGGACCACACGGCUAUGCCAGGUGCCCGGAGAUGAAGAACCUUGGUGCCAUCCUACGCGAGCGGAAGGAGAAGGACGCACAGGAGCAAGGGCAAGACGCGGGCACGACGCAGUUAGGCAUGGUUGGACUAUGCGGGGCGAUAGCCAAGCAGACAGAGAAGCCAGGAGACUUCAGCACGCAGUAUGUAGACAUCUCCAUUAAUGGACGUACAGCUCGUGCCAUGGUGGACACCGGGGCAGAAGCAAACAUCAUGACCAAGACGGCGGCAGAGAGGUUAGGGCUGGGCUAUGUCCCAAGCAACAACCGCCUCAAGACGGUCAAUGCACCACCGGCCCCCGUGUGCGGAAUCGCCCAAGGAGUGAGCAUCACGUUGGGAGGUUGGCAAGGUAAGACAAACUUUACCGUCGCUCCUUUGGAUAUCUUUGACAUUAUUCUUGGGCAAGAGUUCUUCCAGUGGUGCCAUACGAUGAUUGACCCCCAACUCCAACGACUCAUGGUCUUGGAGCGGGAAGGGUCAUGCAUGGUACCUCUAGUCAAGGUACCAAAGAAGGAACGACACGCCCUCCUAUCGGCCAUGCAGAUUAUGAAAGGCCUAAAGAAAGGGGAGCCGACGUUCGUGGCCGCCAUUGCCAGUUCGAGAGAAGACAAUGGUGCCAAGGAGUCCUUGCCACCGAUCAUAGAAAAGGUCCUUGAAGAUAACAAGGACGUGAUGCCCGCCGAGCUGCCAAAGACCCUACCUCCGAGGCGCGGGUAG